AUGACGCCUAAGAAGGACGUCAGUAAGGUGCGUAAGGAGAGGAAGAAGACCUCCAAGAAGGACGCUGGGAAGCCCAAGGUCAAGAGGGCUCUGACACCGUACUUUAUGUUCGCUCAGGAGAACAGAGAGAAAGUCAAACUAGAGUUUGGGUUUGAGAAUAGACAGUUGGGAGAUAUUGCCAAAAAAUUAGGUGAAAAAUGGAAAAAUCUCUCGGAUGAGGAGAAAGCUCACUAUGUGAAACUGAGCGAAGACGACAAGAAACGAUACGAGAGAGAAAAGAAGGAACUCGAAGCGCGAGAGGAGUCUUCUUCGUAG